AUGAAUUCCUCUGGUAAACCUAUAAGACGCCUUCAGUUCGUCUACUUUUCCGAAAACAGGAGAGAGAGAGAGAAGAGAGAGAGAGAGCGGAAGGUGUUUGCCCGCUCCGAAACGUGCACAUACACAGAAAGAGAUGGAGCGAACCGUGUAAUGACUUUACCCGUCAUGCUUCACUGCAUCCGUAUCUAG